AUGUGGCCCCCGCGGAGAGUGAUCCCCUGGAGGGGUAGCCGAAGAAUGCUCAGCAACACAGGGGAGUAUUCCUCGAGCAUCAGCCGAAUCUUUAACAAGCUGAAUGGGGAGCUGAAGGAGAGGGGGUCCAAAGGAGGGGGAGACAACCCCCCCGAGGGAAAGAAGUGGCAACGUCAUGAUGGAAGACAUCCCUCAGAUCUUAUUCUCAAACAAUUCGAAGGAGCAAUAAAUAAUAUAAAGCUGAAUAAAAUGUUUGGACGCGACCUCUCUUAUUGCAUGAACAUUUUAUCGAAGAUAGAAUACUUUAGAGGGCAUCCUUUCUGGGUCAAGGCAUGUAACAGGUUGGUGAAGGGAUACAUGCUACACAGGAUAAAUACAGAAAGUUACUUUAUAAUGGCUAAUUCGUUGGGUAAAGUAGAUCUUCUCUUUGGUGAUGGUGUCAAACAGAGAAAACAACACAACUCGGAACGACUGACGGAAGAGGGGGCGGGAUCUCCUUUGUAUAGUUCUUCCUCCCCUUUUAUGUUCAUCUCUUUCGAUGGUCAUGUCACAGUGGAGAGGGAGAAGACAACAAAUGGAAGGAGGUACCACCAAGUGUACAACGAAAUAGCAUUUAGAUUUCUCCUUAAUCUGGAGUCCAUAAAUUUGGAUUGUAUAAGUUGUGUAUUAAACAUGUUCGCUAAGCUGAACGUAAGGGAGUAUAAUCUGUUGGGUUACUACUUAGCUGAUUAUGUUAUGUUGGAAGAGUUGAGGAGGGCUGAGGGGAAGGAGAAUACCUCCUUGGAGGGGAUUCAGUGGCAUACAAAUGGGAAAAGAUCCAACAGAAUGGACCAAAUUAGAAGCUCUUCUAAUACUAGGGGGAAGACAACUUUACUCCAUGUAGACCGAUACAACAUCUCCAAGAUGGUUAUUAUUUUGCACUCAUUAGCAAAGUUGGGAGUGGUACACGUGGAGUUUCUCUCCUUGUGUUCUUCCAUUUUGAGAGAACAUCUUAUGUUGUUGAAUAGUUUAGACAUAUGCAACUUGAUGUAUUCAUUCUCGAAGAUGAUUCCUUCGUGGAAUGGAAAGAACAAGUACGAACGAGUUAGUCUACAUAGGAGAGUUAGGAGCAAAUCUUUCCAGUCCUAUGUUGACACUGUAGUGAAGUGCACCCAGGUGUAUACACCCCGAUACCGGAGCACAACAAAUAUGCACAAUACGUAUAACUCACUUUUACGUAAUGAUUUUGAGGGACAGCUAAAUCAGUUGUACAGGGAGAUCGAAGGAGAAGAAGUUAAGUUGGCCAUGCAGAUUGGCUCACUCAUACAAAGGGAACACGUCCUGGGUAAUUUUACAGCUUUGCAAAUUUCCUCUCUAGCACUUUCCAUGGCAAAAUUGAACUUGAAUUUUUAUGGUUCUUUUUACGCCAUGAAUAGGAAGGUUCACCACUUAUGGAAGGAUUUUUCCCUUCAGAACAUUGCGGAUUUCCUUUUCGGAGUGAACGAGAAGAACAUCUCUGAUGAGCAGGUCACUCUGCUGUUGUGUUACCAGUUUGUGCGUCUGAUUUAUGAAAAGUAUUGCUCUUCCUUCUUAAUGAAGAGAAGGGACUCUUUUUCGCAAAAUCACCUGAACAUGGUCAGGCAGAAUAGCGAACAUAUUUACUUCUUCGAAAAAACGAAAAAGAGGGUACAUUUUUUAGACGCAAAGGAUUGCUCUUUUGUGGUUCGAAUUUUUCACUCCCUGGCCAAGUCGGAUAUUCUCGUUGGGGUGUGUGCGUCUUCAUUGGAUAGGCCCCCAGGGAUGUACUUUCCCUACGAUGUAUAUGUGUGGUGUGAGAAUACCGGAAAAAAGAAUGGCGAUUCGAGUGACCAGGGGGGUGAAGAGUUAAUUAACCCCCCGUAUCAGCACACUGCAGAGGAUCCCUGUUGUUACGGAGAAGACAUGGGAAAUGCCCCCUGGGAAAAACUGAACGAGUACCCAAAUGGAGCGAACCCAACCUUCAGGUCCUUUGAAGAGAAUGCCGAUCUGAUUAGGUGGCAUACCAUGCGUACAUUGCACCACGUCAUUUGGCAACAUUUGGAUUUACUUCCCUUCGAGAGCAAGUCCAUGUUGUGUUACUUUUGUCUGCACGUGCUCGACUUUAUGUUACCCAUGAGGGGGUAUGCACAGUUGGAUGGUUAUCCCUGUGGGGAGUCUGCUCCCCAGAAUGGUAACUCAUUUCACCUGCACAGGUCAGGCAAAACGAAAGUUCCAAAAUUUCCCGAGAGGAGCAUUUUAUCGCAGAUAAGCAGAAGUCUCUUCGCAAGGUUGUUUUUUCAUGUGUGGGAAUCUAUGGAUAAUAAUUCGCUUAGUGAAGUUACCAUGCGCCAGAUUCAUAUGUGCAUUUUAAGCUUUUACCUGGACGUUAUGGGUUUGGUGCCAAAGCGGUGUGCCCCCCCAGACCAUAUGCCCAGUGUGCGUUAUAUCACCUCAUUGGAUUGGACCGAUACGAAUAUAUCCCUGAAGAAGGAGCCUCCUGCCAAGUUCAGUGAAGACAUAUUUCUUUACUUCUCCAUGGAGAUUCUGCAAAAGUUGAACGAUUUUUUGGACCUCGUUAGGGUGCGAAGCUGUCAGCAGAAGGAGAUGACCCUGACGUCGAGGACGCAUGCCGAGGUGUACAACUGCCUGCGGAGGAUGGUCGAUGAGUUGAACGGAUCAGGAAAAAGGGGCGUGUUGCACAGCUCCGAGGUGAUAGUUGGCCCAUUCGUACUGGAUUGUGUACUUGAACCAAAGGAAAGGGAAGGAGAAAACACCCCCUCCCAAUAUGACGCUGCUUUGGUAUGA